AUUACCAGGAUUCACUGAGCGAUGCAACAGCCGCCACUCAAGUGGAACCAACAUACCUGGAGGCAAUUGUUACAGGAGCAAUUGCCUGUCUUGAGCUGAAUGAGCCUGAAGAAGCUCUCAGAUGGUGUGUCAAAGGAUUAGCCAUCGAAAGGAACCACACCCUGAAGCACCUGAGAUACAUGUCACUUGAGGAAUGUUUCAAGUCUGGCAAUACGAAGACAAUAAUCGAGAUUAUAAACCAAGACCUCCACUGUGCAAAAGAACUGGUAGACAGGGCAGACGAGGAACUUGUCUACAACAUUCUUGGCUAUGCUUAUCAAAAGCUGGAUGCUUUCAGUCAAGCCAUAGAGUGCCAUGAACAAGAACUUAGUAUUGCUAAAGAACUGGGACACAGGGUAAGCCAGCUAAGGGCCUACAAUAAUCUUGGUUCGGCUUAUCGCGAACUGGGGGAUUUCAAUCAAGCCAUAGAGUACCACAGACGAGAACUUAGUAUUGCUAAAGAGCUGGGAGACAGGGCAGACGAGGGAAAUGCCUACAACAAACUCAGCCGGGCUUAUCACGAGCUGGGUGAUUUCAGUCAAGCCAUAGGGUACCGCAGACAACAUCUUAGUAUUGCUAAAGAGCUGGAAGACAGGGUAGACGAGGGAGGGGCUUACGAUAAUCUUGGCUCGGCUUAUCACGAAGUGGGCGAUUUGAAUCAAGCCAUAGAGUACCACAAACGACAUCUCAAUAUUGCAAAGGAACUGCAACACAGGUCAUCCAUAGAGUACCACAGACAGCAUCUUAGUAUUGCUAAAGAACUGGGAGACAGGGAAGACGAGGGAAUGGCCUACAACAAUCUUGGCUUGGCUUAUCACAAGCUGGGUGAUUUCAAUCAAGCCAUAGAAUACAACAGACAAGAUCUUUGUAUUGCUAAAGAACUGGGAGACAGGGAAGGCGAGGAAAGGGCCUACAAUCAUCUUGGGUCGGCUUAUUACAAACUGGGCGCUUUCCAUCAAGCCAUGGAGUACAGCAAACAAGAACUUAGUAUUGCUAAAGAACUGGGAAACAUGGUAAGCGAGUUAAGGGCUUACAAUAAUCUUGGCUCGACUUCUCGCGAACUGGGUGAUUUCAAAAAAGCCAUAGAGUACCACAGACAGCAUCUUUGUAUUGCUAAAGAACUGGGAAACAGAGUAGGCGAGGGAUGGGCCUACAAUCAUCUUGGCUGGGCUUAUUACAACCUGGGUGCUUUCAAUCAAGCCAUAGAGUACCACAGACAAGAUCUUAGUAUUGCUAAAGAGCUGGAAGACAGGACAGACGAGGGAAAUGCCUACAACAAUCUCGGCCAGGCUUAUCGCGAACUGGGUGAUUUCAAUCAAGCCAUAGAGUACCACAGACAGUAUCUUUGUAUUGCUAAAGAGCUGGGAGACAGGGCAGCCGAGGGAAUGGCCUACAACAAUCUUGGCUGGGCUUAUCACGAACUGGGUGAUUUCAAUCAAGCCAUAGAAUACUACAGACAAGAUCUUUGUAUUGCUAGAGAACUGGGAGACAGGGCGGGCGAGGGAAGGGCCUACAAUAAUCUUGGCUGGGGUUAUUACAAACUGGGUAAUUCAAAUCAAUCCAUAGAGUACUACAGACAAGAUCUUAGUAUUGCUGAAGAACUGGGAGACAAGGCAAGUGAGGGAAGGGUUUGCCAUUACCUCAGUAUGGCUUAUUACGAACUGGGUGAUUUCAAUCAAGCGGUGCAGUACGCCAUGCAACAUCUUAGUAUUUCCAAAGAACUGGGAGUAAAGUCAGGCGAAGAAUCGGCCUAUUGGCACCUUGGGCUGGCUUAUUUCCAACAGAGUGAUUUCAACCAAACUAUAGAGAGCCACAGGCAACAACUGAGUCUUGCUGAAGAACUGGGAAACAGGGCAGCUACGGUCUACAUUUGUCUUGGCUACGCCUAUUACGAGCUAGGUGAUUGCAAUCAAGCGAUCAGUUACGCCAACCAAUGUCUACGUAUUGCUGGAAAACUGUCAGAAAGGUCAUCGGUCUUAAGAGUCCUUGGUCUUAGCUAUAUGAAAAUGGGUAAAUUUUUUAAAGCCGUGGAGUCUUUCCAAGAAUUUCUUGAUAUCGCUAAACACAAAGGGAACAGGGAAGAAGAAGCUGACGCCUACUCCCUCAUUGGAACUGUUUGUGCUGAACGGGAUGAUUUUAACCAGGCAACAGAGUAUCUUGAGAAAGCACUUACCAUUGCCAAAGACCUGAGAAACCAGGCCAUCGAGACACAGGCCUAUGAGGGUCUUGCGGAAAGGGGGAAGAAAUUAAACGUAGGAGCUUCAUUAAACAAUAUGGGUUUUAUUUAUGAAAGCUCUGGAGAACUGCAUAAAGCGGUUGAUUAUUAUCAACGUAGUAUUAAACUUUACGAUGAGUUGAGAGUUCUGCAAGCUGAGGAUGCGUUGAAAAUAACCUUCCGUGGUGCACGUCAAGUGACUUAUCAUUCACUCUGGAGAACUUUGCUAAAGCUGUCAAAAAUCGACGAGGCAUUGUGUGCUGCUGACCAAGGACGAGCCCAAGCCUUAGUAGACCUCAUCAAAGUGCGUUACGGCUCAGAAAUGUUAGCUUCUGGAACAGUUGAGGCUAAAUCAUGGAUCUCUGAAAUGACCAGUGAUGUAUCUGGUCAGAAGCUCUUUAUUGCACUGGAAGGAAACACAGUUAAUCUGUGGGUAAUAGGCAAAGACAGAAAUAUAAAGUUUGCACAGAAAGAAGUGAGAUAUCUCCUUGGAGAUGCGACCGCUUAUUUGAAGAUUUUAAGAAAGAAGGCUUAUGAAGAAGUACGACGACGAUUCCGGGUAAUCUGUGAAAACCGCACAUUAGAUGAGACCAGAACCGAAGAAGAAUUGCCACCCGCCGAGAAAAGAGGUGAAGAAAAAGACAACCCAUCACAGUCUGACGAAAACCCCUUACGUGUCUUGCAUGAGUGCAUCAUAAGUCCCAUUACAAAUUUCAUCGAAGAUGGCGAGUUGGUUAUUGUUCCCGAUGGUCCACUGUGGCUCGCCCCUUUUGCUGCAUUUCUGGAUUCCGAGUCAAAGUACCUCCGUGAAUCCAUUAGGAUAAGGUUUCUACCAUCACUGAUGUGCAUGAAACUGAUCGACGCCUCUCCGGAAGAUUAUCACAACAAGAGUGGGGCGCUGCUCGUUGGGGAUCCAUGUAUGAAAGAAUUUACCACCUUGCUCGGGAAGAAUAGAUUUUCUUCCUUGCCAUCCGCUAAAAAGGAAGUGGAGAUGAUCGGAGAAAUGCUCGGUAUUCAGCCACUCACCGGAAAAGAUGCAACCAAGCCUGAGGUGCUAAAGAGAAUCGGCUUGGUUGCUGUGGUGCACAUUGCUGCUCACGGAGAUAUCAAGACUGGGGAAAUUGCUUUGGCUCCAAAUCCAGUACGAAAAUACAGAACACCAGAAGAACAAGAUUACAUGUUAACUAUUUCCGAUGUAAAGGCGGCGAACUUGCGUGCAAAACUUGUUGUGUUAAGUUGUUGUCACAGUGCACAGGGUGAGGUGUCAAGUGAGGGUGUGGUCCGCAUUGCACGAGCUUUCCUCGGUGCUGGUGCUCGUUCUGUUCUGGUCGCACUCUGGGCAAUUGAUGACGAAGCCACCAUGGAGUUUAUGAGAAACUUCUACAAACAUCUAAGGGAUGGAAACAGCGCCAGUGAGUCACUUAACGGGGCGAUGAAAUGUCUGCGCGAAUCAGAAAAGUUCCAUGCACCGCGAUUCUGGGCUCCAUUUAUGCUCAUCGGUGAUGACGUCACGAUAGAUAUUGGAGAAAUCAAUAAAGAAUUGUCUCAAGAAGAACAGCUAUCACCAGCGGAAGUCAAGGCUCAAGAUGAAUUUGAACAGAUCUCAAGAAGAACAGGUAUCACCAACGGAAGUCAAGGCUCAAGAUGGAACUUGAACAGGUGGUGGCACUGAUAAAAUGAAUACGCCGACGUCCAAGCGACUGGUUAAAAAUUUAAAUACGAUAAGAGGAGGUUCUCGCAUCGAGGGAUCCGAGAGUUUAAAAUCUAUGAACUUCACACGUGGAUAAGUUAACAAGGUCAUAUUCUUCAAAUUUUAAUGAAGUGAACAUAGAAACGAAAGCCCAAUUCAAGUUUCCAGUUGCAAACUCAGUCAUCAGCUUUUUUUGCCUUUUUCCUUUUUAUUUUUAGGAAAUCGGAGCAUAUCAGAUAUUAUAUACGAGUUUAUAGCCAAUUUAAUUGAUACUUUUUAAUCUUUUAAUGGAAAUUGACUCCUGUUGCUUAACUCGCAAUAAUCACGCACACCAAUUGUUAAUUACCUCCAACCACACAAGUUGUGAUGAUGAGGAUGGCGGCUCAUUUCUUAGCGAUUUUCUGAGUAUGGUUCUGCUUUAACCUCAGGUGUUAAAUACAUGUACAUAUUUCAAAGUUUCAAUCUGAGAAAAUUUCUGAGUAGGGCAAAACAAAAUUAGAUAUCAUUGAUAAUAAAGCAAAAGUUUCUGAAAUUUUCAACCUUUUACUUUUGAUUUUUUCCCUUGUGGGAAAAGUGUGAUUGGUUGCAUAGCAACAGUUUUCAAAAAAACAAUUUUUUCUUCUAGAUACACAUAUUUUACACUAACUGUUUAAAUUUCCUCUUCCAAACUAUUGAGACUAUCUAAACAAGGAGAGGUGUGGUUUCAUGUGGCUGCAAUGAAUUAGCCAAAUAAAGUUUAACUCAUAUUGAAGCAGUUAUAGUUGAAACACAAUUUUUUUUAAUGGUAAACUUAUUUGUUUUAUAUUCAUAUAGAAAGCUUGGCAGAUUGAAGUGAAGUAAUUUUUUUUCUAUCACUAAUCUUUAAAAGCAUUAUACCAGUAUGCUAAUAAUAAGAAUUGUAUAAUAAAUUUGACAGAGACUUCCUGAGCACAUGAGGCUGUCAGUAUAGUGGUGUAAUUAGUCUUCAUCUUUGGUACACCUAACAUCUCUAUGCACCCUUUACACUCAAAGAUCAGUAUGCAUAUCCUCCAUACUGUUCUCUAUACAUUUCUUUAGGCGCUGGCGAGGAGAAUUUGCAUAACAAUCAAGAGCUGAUUUAGAUGGUGAUCACUCUCUUUAUUCUCAUGACUUUAACU